AUGUUCGGAGAUCUGGAGCGGACUCCCCGGACCCUGCUGGUUUGUGACCGGUCCAGUUUCCUGGAUGAGAAGAACCGGCUGAGCUCUCAGGUGGAGCAGCUUCACUUCAACUACAAGGUUAGCAUGAGCUGGUACUGGGCAAGUUACAACAUACCGUACUACGAAAACGUAUUCAAUGCCAGCGGCUGCAAUGAGCUGGUUGAGAAGUUUGGCCCGUGGUUCUCUCUGGACCAUAGUCCUCGGGCUCAGAUAUUCAAGAGAAACCAGACAGCUGUCACAGAUAUGGACUCAAUGGUCCGCCUAAUGAGGUAUAAUAACUUUAAGGAAGACCCAUUGUCAAAGUGUGAAGGCUGUAAUCCCCAUGCGAAUGGAGAGAAUGCCAUCUCAGCCCGUUCAGACCUGAACCCAGCUAAUGGCACUUAUCCUUUUGGCGCCUUACGGCAGAGGUCACAUGGAGGAACAGACAUGAAGAUGACCUCCUUCGGGAUGUUUCGUGACUAUGGUAUGCUGGCAGUGAGCGGGCCAACAUGGGACCAGGUUCCACCCUUCCAGUGGAGCACAUCCCCUUACAAAGACCUGAUGCACAUGGGUCACCCCGAUACUUGGGCAUUCAAGCCUAUAAAAGUCACCUGGACCCCAUAAUUGUUUUUACGCUGUACAGGUGCUGGUCAUAUAAUUAGAAUAUCAUCAAAAAGUUGAUUUAUUUCACUAAUUCCAUUCAAAAAGUGAAA